AAAGUGAAGAAAACAAUGAAAGAAAUAAUUUAAAAAAAAAAAGUAAAAUGAGUAGGAAGACAUACAAAAUUCAUUAAAAGCACAAGGAGCCCACAAAAGGACAAUCCUAAUAGCCAAAAAGCUAAAACACUUUCUAUAUGUUUGAUUGAUAAUGGAAAUGCCACACAUGUACACAACUUACACUAAUUUCUUCACUUAACUUCCCAAAUUACCCUCAUCAAUCAUCAUUCAUGCCCAUCAUCCCAAAUCAACUAACAUCAAAUCACUUUACCUUUUACUUUGUUCUUCACACAAAAACAUCCAAACAAAAUGAAGAAUUAUUAUUUGUGUUGGAUGAUGGUGAUAAUGUUGAUGAUGAUGAUGAUGGAAUGUAUGAAUGUUGUUGGAAAGCCACCCCCAGUGAAGGUUGGAAGCAUAUCAACAGUGGAGGAUGCUGUGAAUUUUAAGAUUUAUUAUGGGCAAACCUUCAAAGUCAUUAAAAACUCCAUUGAUGGUGAUAGCUAUCUUCUUAUCCAGAAUAACUCAAGGAUGGCAGGAAGAACAAAGUACUGCACAAGUAGGAUGAAAUCAUUGGUGGUGCCUCUAUCGAAUUAUGCACUUGAUACUGAUACAUUUCCAGGCAUUCCAGUUUCUUUCCUUGAGCUUUUAGGGUUGCUUGGGACUUGCAAGGGCAUUACUUCAAACGACAUGGCAUCCGAGUGUUUAUCGAAGUUAUAUGAAGAAGGAGAACUAACAAUGGUAAACAAGACUGAGAUUGAUCAACUUUCUCAGUUUUCUGCUUACUUUACAAGUUCCACUGACAAACCACAAGGUUGCAAUAUUGCUACAUUUCUACCUUCAUCUGAAAAUUUCCCACUUCAGCGCGCAGAGUGGAUCAAGUAUAUAGCAGUGUUCGCAAACUUGGAAGUAAGAGCAAACUCGAUUUUUAGUGCAGUUAAACAAAAUUAUAUGUGCUUGGCUAACAUGUCAACAAGCAGAGAGCCAUCCUUCAAACCUGUUGUCGCUUGGAUGCUUUACGAAGAUGGUAUAUGGUCCUUCACAACAGAAACGUACAAAACAAAGUAUGUGCAAGAUGCAGGCGGAGAGAAUGUCGAUGAAUCCAUCAACAAAAUGACCUAUAACAUCACAGUUCCUGAUGACCUGGAUCAACUUCAUGCUAUCUUAUGUACGGUGGAUGUGGUGAUCGACGAAACAUACACGGCUGAUCCUGUUGCAUACAAUAUAACUACGUUCCUCCAAAAUGUUGGUGUCGAUGACAAAUCCUGCUUCGCUUUUAUGGCAAAGGAAAGUGUAUGGAGAUAUGACAAGAGAAUUCAGAAUAAUACUUCACUUGAUUGGUACGACGGUGCUGUGUCUCAGCCUCAAAUAGUAUUGGCAGACUUAAUGGAAGCAAUCUUUCCCACAGGAAACUACACCACUGCUUAUUUAAGAAACCUUGCUAAGGGUGAACAGAUUGCAGAUACUAACAGCUAUGACAAGUGCAGUAUGGACGCCUUGAGUGCUCUAGACCCCACAAUCAUACCUUGUCAAUAGCUAUUCUAAGAUCAAGCUUAGGAUAUCAAAGAUAGAAUUGUUCACCAUUAUCUUAUUUUUUUAGGAAGAUCUUGUCGGUCUUUUGUUGUAUUUACAAGAAAAUGUUAGUAUAAAGAAAAAGCUGUAGAUACAACUUUGUGCUUUGGAAAUUUUAUUUGAUGCACAAGAUUGUGCUUUUUGCAACAAAAA